AUGAUUUUCACAGGCGUUUUUACAGUGGAAUUCGUUCUCAAACUCACUGCGUUUGGUUUCAAGGUGAGUUAACAAGAAUGUUUUGCAAGUUACUGAAGUCCUUGAAAAUCGCAAAUACAGCACCCCAGUGUUUAACAAGAUGGAUGUGGCAAUAAUAGGGUGAGGGACCCUUCUUCCCUGUCGGUUGCCAUACGUGAGCAUGCGGCCAGACUUGCGCCAGAAAUCCAAACAAUUUCUGUAUUUUCUUGCAGCUCGUCAGCUUACUGUCCGGCCUUUUGCCCCACUCAAAAAACCCCAUUAUCGCCAGUUCCAUAUGACACGAUCCACAUUCUACCGACAGUUAAAUGGGUUCCUUCACCCUACCGUUGUCAUGAAUAAUUCCUAGGAUGUUUUCUUAAGCAUUCAUUAUUUUAAGCCAGUGUAGAGGGUAAGUACCUGCUCUAAUAGUUUUAACCAGAUCGUUUAGGAGACUGUAAAAGUGGUGAGAUGAAUGAAGUUUUAUAAGUUGUUAUUGUUGAAGUAGUGGAAGGGGGUGAGGGACACGCCUCGCAAAAUCUCUCCAUGUGUAAAAGCUGGGUCCACUAAUCCGUCUGCUGUCAACGAUAUCCGUCGAUGCAGUGGAUGUGUGGGGUUUCAUGGCAUCGGACAGGCUACUUGCGAAGCCAAGGGCUUCUGUCAAUUUCUCUAAAUCAGACUUCGGCAUUAUGACCUAUGCAAUCCGAUUCACUCUGAUGCGCGCAUGCCGGUGUACAGUGAGUGACCUAUCUCAUGAAAUGUUGGCUGAAAUUCUGAAAUGCGUUUCCGAUUAGGAAGGAUUACUUGGUCGCGGUUGUAAUACUGAUUAUCUAAAGGCAUAAUCUUAUAACAUUUCGGACUCGGCAGGAUGUCGGCUUUUAAAUGCACUUCUUUUCAAUCUCCUGUAGAAAGCGUGUUCGGUAAAAAAAUGACUACUUAAGUAGCAUGCAUUUUCCCAUUGAUUUUUGAUGGUCUUGGAAAUUCAAAUAUAUUAUCUAGAAACCAUAAGCAAAAAUAUGCUUUUUUAGUCAAUCAAUAGAAAAUCACGUCUUCUUUAUAUUUUAUACUUAAGGAAGAAGGAUAAUUAGGUUUUAAAAAAGUUUUCUAAUUGCCGAAUAAAUCGGAGCCUGAUCAUUCGUUGCAUUAGCGCUUAGUGCUUUCACUCUACAAGGUGCAUGCGUUCCGCGUAGAGAAAAUCACAUAUUUUCUAUAUCAUUAAAGAGAUAUCAUACAGAGUUCAUAAAAUUUUGCAAAGGAUGCGGACCAUGUUGUACAUUUCAUGAGGAGCAGUGGUAAACGGCCAGGUACGAUGCUAUGUGAAUGGACAUUUCGCGGUCUUAAAAAGUCUCAUAAUUAGAAACUUUUUUAAAACCUAAUUAUACUCCUUCCCUAAGUAUAAAAUAUAAAGAAGACGUGAUUCCCUAUUGAUUGACUAAAAGAAAGCAUAUUUUUGCUUAUGGUUUCUAUAUAAUAUAUUUGAAUUUCCAAGACCAUCAAAAAUUAAUGGGAAAAAUGCAUGCUACUUAAGUAGUCAUUUUUUACCGAGCACGCUUUCUAAAGGAGAUUGAAAAGAAGUGCAUUUAAAAGCCGACACCCUGCCAAGUCCGAAAUGUUAUAAGAUUAUAUCUUAAGAUAACUAGUAUUACAACCACGACCAAGUAAUCCUUCCUAAUCGGAAACGCAUUUCAGAAUUUCAGCCAACAUUUCAUGAGAUAGGUCACUCACUGUAUAUCUGGGUUAAUUUGGAUCGGCCUUUUCUUUUGUUGACAAGACAACAGGUUUAAGAAGCUGACAACACUAUCAGAUUAACGCUUGGAGCCGCCUCGACCCGAUUUACCUCCUGCUCGAGUAGUUGGUUGCUGAUGACCGCAUCAUGACCUUAGAAUCGCAAGCCGCAGAGAAAUAAGCUUUUACAAUUUUAGACCACAUCAUCUCAAAAGAUGUUGCAUUAGCAGAAGUAAUGUGAGAUAUAAGGACUCCAGAGACUUAAAUGCAGGCAACGGUAGACCGCUUUGCUUUAUAUCAUACGGGUAUCAGUUUAAAAGUCGUUCAGCUGUAUAAGUAGAAACAAACGUUCCGUUGUCGCAGUGAUUCGAAGAUAGCCUUGUGUGAAGACAGAAGGAAAUGUUUGUGUUAACAGAAAAACUCUCGUUCAAAGAAAUUGCGUACUAUUCUAUCAUUAUUUUACAUGGUAGUCAGAAUGCCCCCUACGCCUUAUUUCAAACAUUUUGCUUUUAACUUGGCUUAUUUGCAUUUCAGUUUAAACUUGAUUGCGUUCUCCUCUCGCUUAAUGUCGAAGAAGAUGGUUGUUGCGCCUCAAAUUUUAAUUUAAUCGGCUAUUCAUCAAGCAGCGCGUUUUGUGCGUGUGAAAUUCCUUGUUUUUAUAGGAUAUAUAUAAAAGUCUGGCAAAGUGUUGCAUUUUCGAAAAUAAAAUGAACUCCUGGUCAUCUUUUCGGCGCAGACACUGGAUCCGAUAAACUAGGAGUAGCUUAUAUGGCAACAGAGUCUUGACAGAAGAGGAAACGAAAGUAGUGGCGUUGGCGACGACCGAGUGUUUUUUUCUCACCGAUAAAGCUAUCUUUUACCUUUUUUAAAAAUCGAGCCGGCUGUUUGACUGAACUAAACUUUGACCCAGUGUAAUAUGAUUAAACGGAAUUUAUUGUAUCUACAACCUAAACCAAUUUCCUGCGAAUUGUAGAAGUUUGCACCAGAAGUGGGCCAGGUGGUUCUUACCUUCCAAAGCCAUGUUUGGCUCUUUCGAGUGAUCUCCUUUAGCGUACUCUCGAUAAAAAGUAUGGUUGUGUCAGAGGAAUUUCAUGUUUUUCCCAUACGAUAGAAGUUAACAAAAAGUUCAUAGUGGCAUUUUUGUCAGCUGGAAAACACUUUCAAUAGAAGUGAAGAGACGAGUCCCAGGAAGCAGUCUUGAAGAAAAGGAAGAAGAAGAAGAAGAAGACACGAUCGCCGGGACAAGAGCUGUAUUAGCCUGACGUUUCGGAUUCCUGCUCGAAUCCAUCAUCAGAGACAAAAGCAGAUAAGGGUGGUUCAUGCAUAUGGGGAGCCGUGAAUAUUCAUAGGUAUGCGGUAGCAUGGCUACUGCAUCCUAUAAAUACUGCAGCCCCAUAUGCAUGAAACACCCUUAUCUGCUUUUGUCUCUGAUGAUGGAUUCGAGCAGGAAUGGAAAACACUCUGUUUCAGGAAUAGGUGCAGACCCGUAAAAUAGGCCCCCGAAUUCCUAUUCUUGAUAACUUCUACCUGCGGCUAGUUCGAGCAAGGUACUCUUUAGAGCAUCAGUUUAUUUAUGAUUGCCAUAAAAUAACCGUAUUCCAUCACCGUGAACACUGCUUUUGGUUUAUUUUUCGGCGUGUUCUUGAGUCUACUCUAUUUGUUUUGCGCAACUUUGCAGUUGUUUGCCAAACAUUUCCCAGGUUGCGUAAAAUCAAACGAGCCUUUCCAGAUAGGAGAACCUUUGUCCAGAAUAAACAGGGCCUUUUGCCUUGCUCCUUAAUAAAAACCAGUUAUCUAGCGCGAUCUUAACAGUAUCAUUCAUUCCUCUUAAGCACAUAAUAAAGGCCUACUCGGCGAUGCUAUACAGAAUAAAUUUGUAUAAAUAUUUAGUGACUUGAGGUUUUCAACAAUGAACAAUGCAGAGUCGUUUGGGCAUUAGUGUCAGAAGGUGAAUAUACGAAACCCAUAAGGCUUCAGGAAAUUAGGCAGCAGUGAGAACUUUCAGCAACUAGGAACCACAUAUCUACAUUCUCUAGCUUUUAGCGAGCCAAAAUUGCAUUUACUAUAGUUACAAAUAAAAUUUUAGGAAGAAUAAUUCACACGGUUUUACAUAUCAUUAUGAACCCACAGAUACUCGUUAGUAGGGACCUUAUCGUGUCAACGAAAUUUUGUAUUAUCAACCUGAUAAUUUUUGUUAUUCCUCUGGAGCCAAAUGAAACUAACUUUUUCGAAGGACUCCCUUAUUUGCAUUUAUUCCACUUCCUGUACAGAACUACUUUAGCGAUCCUUGGAACGUAUUCGACUUCAUUAUCGUCGUUGGGAGUUUUGUCGACAUUGUGCUGUCACACAUUGCCGUAAGUCAUUACUGCUCUGAAAAUCGUGAAACUUUCGUAAACAGUCUAUUUUCUUUGAAAGUGUUGAUUGUCCACCUCUUUUCGUCUGCCAAGUACAGAAACGAACGCAAAAGGCAGAUUUCAAAAAUGUAUCACACUCCAGGUAGUUGAUGAUGCCGAUAGCCAAAUUUUUGUUGUGUCUAUUCAACAGCUGACAAAAACCACGCAAAUUAAUAGGAUGUUAACAAAAAAAUCCUUGACCUGCGUAAAAACUAGCUUCCUCAUUUGUUAUUUUCUGUCAGCUGCACUAUUAAUAUCGGAAAUAAAAUAUAUAGCUAAGCGACUGUCUGCGGGCGGAUACUAUCGACAACCAAGUUUCCGAAGAAAGUCUGCCUUUUCUGCGUCGAUUUUAUAGACAAUGAGCACUGCCCCGAUUUUUGCAGGACGGAACGCUUAUCAACCUCAGCACGUCCUUACAAGUCACUUGUCUCCACAGUAGAUUCUAUGUGACAAUAAAUGGGAUGUAUUCAUCGCAACCCUCAACAAAUCUGGCGGGUGGUUAGUUUCACUUUUUCACCGUUGGUAGUCACUGGGGAUACGCUGCAUCCCUACUGUCUCCUACUACUUCAAGAAAGUUGAAAUUUCUCCUCCAAAGAGUCCUUAAAGGGUCUAUUUACCCAUUCUAGCAACUACGUGCACUGCGUAAGAUAAUAAGCCAAAACUUUUCAAAGUGAGUGAGACGGGAAUGAAGCGAGAAGGCGGUAGCUAAACAUGUCGGGCUUCUCGAAAUUUAAAAAGUUUAUGUAUUCAGUGUCUAAACAUACCUUUGCAACACUUAAACACUCUGAAUCCAUUCGAGACGCAAGGUAGGCUGAAUCUUUGUUCCUGUUGACCAAAUAAACAUUAGCUACUUCAAUUAAAUAGGCGAAACGCUUGCCUUUAUCAAAAGAUGCGGAUAACCUUAUAACUAGUUCAAGCGUUGCUAAGUGUAAAUAUUUGCAGGUUAAACCUUUCUCAACAUUCCGUUUACGUGGUCCAGAAAUAAAAAACAAAAUAGUGGAGAUUCUCUACCAUUUUAACCAACAAUAACGAUGCUAAUCACUCUAAAUACAAAUAACCUUCUUGUUAUUUAAUGCAAUGAGAAAACUUUUUGAGGUAAACGACUUCAGAAUGGAGCACUCAAGCAUGUUUAUGUCUGGAAAAAUCGUUUUGCCCAAAUUUCCUCAUGAAUGACCCUUAUUUUUCUGAGAAAACCAGUCAUGCGAGUUGUGAUCCACUGUCAUUUCGAAAAUUUAUGGUACUAGCUUUCCAAUGACAAUGUAAUAUAAAUAGCCCAAUAAAAUAGAAAGCCUCCCAAGGGUUGUCGUUUUAACCAAAGACCUAACUUGGCAAAAGAAUGACAAAAGUAACAAUUAUUCUAAGCGUCAGAUUGCAUGCAUUUUCAAGCCUGUUCUUUUGUUAUCGGUACCAUGUGAUAUGUGAUUCGACUCCCUUUGAUGUCAGUUCUCCAUUCCUGCAUAUCUACUGAAUUAGGAGGAAUAAGUCGUAGAUGAUGUUAAAAUACUCCAUUUUGAUUACAAGCUAGCUCUCUGUCUUGCAGCAGCACAGACAAAAUUUGCGAAAUUGUGCAUCUAGUAAAGAAGAACACUCAAAACAGAAAUGGAGUCAUCUCAUGUUUUUUGCAUAAGAUAAGCCUGACCUAUGUCUGUAUAAUAUUGUCCGUUUCCUUCACCCUGAAUUAAUGACUGCUAGGGCUUUCAGCCCAAACGCAGUGGCCUAUGGUGUAUUUUUGACUUGCAUCGUCAUAUUAGAUCUUAAUAUUAUCAUUUCUGAUACAAUAUCUAACGUGUAAAGAUACCGAAAUGCAAAAAAGGCUCAAAAUAUCCCCAUAGUAGUUGUGCAGAUUUUGUCCAAAUACAUCAACUUUAUCAUGCCGUAUUAAUUUAUCUUUUGGCCACAGGAGUAUAGCAGUUCCUGCUAAAAAGUUUGAAACGAUAUUGCCAAAAUAAGGCAUUUUUCUUUCUCUUAGUCCUCCGAAGCAUGCAUUUCAACGACGUAGUUAGGCACAGUUCAAAGCAAAUUAACAACGGAAUUCCGAUUUACAUGUCUACAACUAUAAGCUAUAAAUACACUUGGUAACCUAUGUUUUGGUUUUCAACCUGAAACUUCAAAGUUAUGGAGCUCAAAUGAAGCUAUACAGUGAGUGACCGAUCUCAUGAAAUGUUGGAUGAAAUUCUGAAAUUCGUUUUCGAUUAAGAAGGAUUACUUGGUCGCGGUUGUAAUACUGAUUAUCCCAAGGCAUACUCUUAUAAUAUAUCGGACUCGGCAGGAUGUCGGCUUUUAAAUGCACUUCUUUUCAACCUCCUGUAGAAAGCGUGCUAUGUAAAAAAUGACCGCAUAAGUAGUAUGCAUUUGUCCCAUUGAUUUUCGAUGGUCUUGGAAAUUCAAAUAUAUUUUAUGGAAACCAUAAAAAACUAUGCUUUCUUUUAGUCAAUCAAUAGAGAAUCACGUCUUCUUUAUAUUUUAUACUUAAGAAAGGAUUAUAAUAAGGUUUUAAAAAGUUUCCAAUUAUGCGACUUUUUAAGACUGCGAAAUGUCCAUUCACAUAACAUCGUACCUGGCCGUUUACCACUGCUCCACAUGAAAUGUACAACAUGGUCCGCAUCCAUUGCAAAAUGUUAUGGACUCUGUAUGAUAUCCCUUUAAUGGCAUGGAAAAAUAUGUGAUUUUCUUUAUGCGGAACGCACGCACCUUGUAGAGUGAAAUCACUAAGCGCUAAUGCAACGAAUGAUCAGGCUCCAAAUUAUUCGGCAAUUAGAAUUUUAGUUGGUUGCCCGGUGCCAUGUAGGCAUUUAUGAAGAAUGCAUACCGGCAAAUUCCUUUGCCUUAGCAGUGUAGCGAAUGUAAUAUGCAGUAGAAUAUUGCUUAUUUCGAAAUGCGCAUUUGCUAUAUCCCAUAGUCAAUCGAAAUAUCAUUGCUUGCGAACCACAGUUGAGUCGUAUUGUUUAGAGUUCAUAAAGCAUAGUGCACGUUUUCCCUUAGGACAACUCUCGAAUUCUCUCUACGGUUUCAUCGCUGCCAGCUUAAUCCGUGAGCACUUCAGAACAGCCAACGUACUUUAUCUCUGUGUUGGAUAUAAUUGUUAUAAUUCCCUGUCUAGGCAAAUCGGUCAUAAUGUCUUGACAUCAUAGCCUACAGGCGCAUUUGCAAACAUUAUCACUGAUUUUUUGAGUAGUAUAAGACCGUCAACGACCGAUCGUUUCACCUUCCUUCAGGAAGUUAAGUUUAUCGAGUGAAGCAACUGGGUGCACGAAGGUUAUGCUGCCCUAAAAAAGUAGCCCUGAAACUGUAGGCAAUGUUUUCGCCUUAGAAAAUCAGCCUUGAGGAUUUCGCAUAACAGUGUACUCUUUCUUUAUAUGGCUAUAUAGGAGGACUCAAAAUUCAUCAGUAUCAAUUUUUUUCGUCUUUUCCGUGUGAUGAGAUUGGUAAAACUGCUCAGCCGAGGAGAAGGAAUUCGGACACUCCUGUGGACCUUCGUAAAGUCGUUUCAGGUAAGCAAAAGACUUUUAUUUACGUUAAAGAUGGCACAUUCUGAUCGGUAGAACCUCUCCUUCGCUGACAGUUACUCUCUGCGUGAUUGCCUGCGUGGCAUGUGGCGUCACAGAUCUAGGACAAAUUGAAAAUGCCCAGUUUGGUCCUGAAGUCAGGAUAUUCAGCGUACACCACUCUUAUGCGACGGAGAGUCCACCGUUUGUGAGUGACUGGCCCAUCAGCCCCCAAAGCGGGCUACGUUUUAGGUGUCCUGGAUCAAAAAGAAACAGAUUGGCCAACAGAGCACAUUAACUGGGCUGUAAAAGGUUCCCGCGACACAGUAGGGUGUGUUGGUACGCCUAGAGGUUGAUUUUCAUGCCGACUUGGCUACUGAGUCCAAUCUCAACGUCAGAUGGUUGAUAAACUAGGACAGCCGACUGGUGCAUAGGAGAUGGAAGAAACAGUUAUGCCCACAGCAAAUCAACAUAGCUCCUCGCUAUAAUAAGGUGGCGCGCUUGGAUCGAUCAAGAUCCAUUUGGGUACUUAAAAUUAUCUUGACGUCUUUUAUAAAGGCUUUUCCAAAUAAACCUGGUUGUUUUCUCUGUAGUACGAUCACGUAGACGGUGAGGCGGCCAUAUAGAUAAUGAAAAUGCUUCUUUUGCGCCGUACACUGAGAACGUAAAAGAAAAGCGGGUGGCUCCUUAAAUAAAUAGGAAAAUACUUUUGAUGAAAACGAACUCGCGUAAUUUUAUAGGUUUUCUGCUACACCACUAGGUUUGCAUUUAUGGUUUUUGUCUGCGAUGUGUGGACGACUUCAUUAUAUGGAAAGGGCUCAUCCUCCUCAAAUGGUAUGCCGUCUUCUCACAAAGUAGAUAACUCAAAACGACUAUAAGUUUUCAACCGGUCACGUAAAGGUAAGACGGCAUGAAAUGAAUACUGCCAAUAGAGGGAAGGAUUGUACGAUUUAGUGAGACUGGAUGACAUUAUCAGGUCCCCUGAUCACCAUUAGGCGGACAAUAAUACUCAGUUGUUACAUGCGAAAAACUACAAAGAAGCAUUUCAAACAUCUAAAAAACAGUCUGCUACCUAUAGUGUUCCAGAUGCUUCAAUUUUUGUUUGUUACUACCACGCCAGAAGAGUGAGCCACGGGGAUGAAGGGCUGAUAUAAACUGUUUGGUAUAUAACAAUUCUGGACCUCUGUACUUAGUAGUACUCUGUGGUCGUUUUAGGCGCUGCCCUACGUUGCACUACUGAUACUGAUGCUCUUCUUCAUCUAUGCCGUCAUCGGGAUGCAGAUGUUUGGAAAGAUUGCACUGAACAACCCCGAUAGUGCAAUUACCGUGAAUACUAAUUUUCAAACAUUUCCACAGGCUGUUCUUGUACUUUUCCGCUCUGCUACAGGAGAGGCAUGGCAAGAUAUCAUGUUCAGCUGUGUGAGUGGUAAGUCGGGAAGGACUUUUUGUUGCUUUGGUAAAUAAAUUUCGUUUUUUUGAUAUUCGGUAGGUUGAAUUGCUCUCGAGUUUUGUAAAAGACAAGCUUAGACUACGGAAGUGUCCAAUGAAGGCAAAUAUAACUGGAUUUUCUCAUGUAGAGUUUCAAGAAAUAAGACAUCUUCAAGUCUGAUGCGCUUAGGGGAAAAUUGCUGAACUUGCAAAGAAAGUUUACGUCAACCAGCGGAAGUGAAUUUUAACCAAAAUGUUAUCUGCUGUAUUUCUACAAGAAAACGAUUUAUGAAUCUUUGAAGCAAGAGCCGAACAGUAAAAUCUGAAUUUUCAUGGACAUUUGAUCGACAAAUGUCUGCUAACCGAGCCUUUGGAAUAAAUAUCAAAUUAACUGGGGAGAACGGAACAUGGAUAUUUAAGUGACCAUUAGCAAAACGUUCAUGGUGGGCUUAGAGGGACACCCAAGUAGUUAAAUGGGACGCAAGGUCGAGCUCUAUUUUUUUGCAACCAUUUAGGUAUUCAUGUCACUGAUCAGUAA